CAAAGGCACUGUGCAAUGCAGUUAAUCAUAUAUUCAAUAAACAAAGACCCGAAGACUGGUGGAGAAAAAAAGAAAAAGUGACUUACGUUGAAUUCAACUAGUUAAUGAAACUGUCAAUGGUUGGAACCUUGAAAAGUGAUCAACGAUUGAUUCAACUAGUUCGUUGUAUAAACGCCCAUCCCUAAUUAUCUAUGAUCCUUCAUGCUUGUCACUUGUCGUACAUAAUAAUUUUAGCAAAAUACGAGGUUUAAGUUUUUAACUUAUAUUAUUGUAUAAUUAAGUGUACUUUAUACAACCACAAUCGUGACAAAAAUAUCUUUCUAUAUACCAUGGAAGAGGAGGGAGUAACUUAUUGUCUUUUAUGCGCUCAAAUAAAAUGUUUCAGUAAGUUAAUAAAUUUGCACACCAGUGGAAUAUUACACAAAACUGCAAUUAAAUUGUCCCGUUUGAAUAUUUCAUACGAUGAUCUUGACGGCGAAAAAUUACCAAGAAUGAUAUGCAUUUCUUGUAUGGAAAAAUUGGACAAAGCUUUCGAAUUCGUUUCGGAAGUAGACAAUGCAUUGGCUAUAUUGAAAGAAUUAUAUGUAAACAAAAUAAAAACGGAAGAUAACUCCAUAGAAAAUCAAGUGAUUGAUGAACUAGAUAGCAUAUCCGAGUACAGUGUACACAUUAAGCCAGAAGAUACCCAAUCUUCAGACUCUGAAGCAAGUUGUGAUUCACUAGGUAAGAAACGCGAUACUUCUAGUGAAAGGUCUCUCAGCGAUGUAGUGGAAAAAAAAUCCGACAAUUUUUCAAAACAGUUAACUUGGAAUGAUUACAUAUGGACCUGUGCAUACUGUGAAACACAGUUUUCUACACUUGAAGAACUUCAAACACAUUCAAUGCAAUAUCAUCAAUGUUGUAAUGCCUACAAAUGCUAUGACUGUAAAAUAUGGAGGAUGAACUUGAAAGAAUUCAUAAUCCAUGUGAAAAGUCAUAAGAAAUAUCUUAAAGUGGUGUGUCAUAAAUGUAAUAAGAAAUUUAUGUUUGAACGUCAUGUACAUAUACACUUAAAAACUGCACAUGUAACAAAAUCACCGUUUCUUUGCCUGGGAUGUGACAUUGAUUUUCAAAAUCAGGAAGAACUAAGUAAGCAUAGACAGGCAUUCUAUAAAAAUAAGCAAAGGAAAAAUAAUAUUCCAUUAAGAAUAAAGUCUAAUACAAAUGACUUAUUUUGUAUUACUUGUAAAAAAUCUUAUAAAUCAAAAGUAUCACUACAUGCUCAUUUAUUAACUCACACUGACAGAAAAAGAGAGCACAUUUGUGAGAAAUGUGGGAAGGGAUUCUUCAGGAAACGUGAUCUAGCAGAACACACCAUAGUACACGAGGAUGAACGCAGACAUCAAUGCAAGUUAUGUCCAAUGAAAUUCAAAUCUUUAUAUACCUUGAAGCAGCAUGUAGCUAUCCAUAGUGAAGAAAAACCAUUUAAAUGUGAUGAAUGUGGGCGAGAAUUCCGUCUGAAAAAUCAUUUGGCUUCACACAGUAAUAUUCACAAUGACACCCGACCUCAUGAAUGCACUUAUUGUGAUAAAAAAUUUCGACUGAGGGGGACACUUUAUGUCCAUCUACGACAGCACACUGGAGAAAAACCAUAUUCAUGUGAUAUAUGUGUUCGGAAGUUUACAAAUUGGCCUAAUUACAAUGUACACAUGAAAAGAAUGCACAAAAUGAAUAUGGCCAAAAAGAAGUUAUCUGUAAAAAGCCCAUAAAUAAAGUACACACAGUAAACAAAUG